AUGACCCCCUGGUUACCACAGCCCCUCUUGUAGCCACCCCAGCUUCUUCAGCCUCAGUACUAUCUGCCCCAGGCAGCCCCCUGGACUCUGCUGGGCCCAUAAUGUUUAGGAUUCCCUGCUUACUCCUCCCCACUGUUUUCCUUGCUGCCUGCUCCAUAGGAUCUCUGUCUGUCUGCUCCUCUGCCAAUAUCAUGCACAUCCAAGGGGUUCUCCGCUGCUCCUUUGAUUCUCUAUCACCCAUCGAGUUACUAGCUGCUGCCUCUCUGCCCCUCCCCAGUGUUCUUUACCACACGAGGCUGCCCUACCCAUUUGAUCCUUAUGCUAGGAAGGAAACCUUCACUUUGCACAAGACCAUCCUCCAUUGAUGGCAUUAUGCAGGCACCUCAACCUGGCAGUCACCUUGCAGAGAUGCCCAGUUUAUAUUGGGAUAGAUCCCAGUUAUAUCGUGACCAGUGGCAAGUUUAUGAUACCAGACCCAACAAGCUAUUCUCCACUAGCAGCUGUAGAGUGAUGCAGGAUCUAGCCACAUGGACAUGCUGAGGAGUUCUUUUGGAGAUCACAGGCUGUCUACAUACAUAUCAGUGUUCCAGAAUAAAAGAUGGGACAGAAGAAAUUUCACUCAGGACAGAACCUAUUGGGGAAGGGUCCACAGCAUUAAAGCUACCAGCCUGAUUGGCCUUAAUUGGCUCCUUCAGCAGAGUGCAUGGUGGACACUCAGCUAUCCUCCCACUGUGGAACUGGACCUUAUAUGAGAGGGUUGAGGCCCAAUGUGUGGGAAGUUUGCUGCCUUAGCCAAAGAAGAUGUCUCCUGAGCUGUCAACUUGGCAGCAUUUGCCAACACUGUAUUCACUAGGACAUAAUCUCAGAGGUGAAAGUAAGCGGGUGCGUCCUAGUACGCGGCUUCGGCAAGAACUGGCUGAGCUGUGUGGCAAGAGUCAUCAGGAAGCAAUUUAAGAGCUGGCAGGAAUCCAGGUUGCAAUAGGAUAGUACCAGACCUUGACCGCUCCUAUGGUCACGAGGUAUGGAGCCAGCUGGAACUUGGUAAUCACUGGUUCUGUCCACUGGAGGAGCUGAGCCUCCAGCAACUCUGGUCCAGCUCAGACUUUAGCUUCCUGUGGAGCAAAGACCCCCGCUGAACCCCUCUGCACAGGCCACCUGCCCAGCACACUGCACGCCAACGGGACCGCUUACCUCACCUGCAGGCUGGUGAUGCUGGGAACUACGCCUGCAUGCCCCACCUGAACAGCCACACAGACGCCUUCUUCACCAUCAGGCUGGCCAUGUCAGAUCUUUGCAGCAUGUCCCCCGAAGUCCUCUUCCCAUCCCGCAAUCAGACUUUGGAGCCUGCCUUGGGAAGCCAGGUGACACUGAACUGCACCAUGCGGCUACCCUUUGAACAGGACUGCCAACCUGUUCUGCGCUGGAUGAAAGAUGGCGAUGGGCUAGGCAAUGAGAGCAGCCAGUAUACCUGCAAGUUGUUAAACUGGUACAGUGACAAUGCAACAGAAACUUUUGUGUCAAGCGUUCUAGGGGUGAACCUGACAAGCGAUGAGGACUAUGGGGUGUUUGCCUGCGUGGUCAGGAACACUACAGCCACUUUCACACUACACAGAUCAGAAGCUGCUGGACAUGUGAGUGCAGUGGUGGCAGCCCUCCUGGUCCUGGGGCUGCUGCUGCUCAUGGUUGUGAUCUAUGCCAAGUGCCGCUUGAAUAUGCUGCUGUGGUACAGGAACCGUUACGGGGAGCUGGAGAUCAAUGAUGGGAAGCUGUAUGAUGCAUACCUGUCCUAUGCAAACUCACCGGACGACAGAAAGUUUGUGAAUUUCAUUAUGAAGCCACAGCUGGAGAACCGUCAUGGCUACAAGCUCUUCCUGGAUGAUAAGGCCAUCCUGCCCAACUCAGAGCCUUCGGCAGACCUGAUCAUGAACGUGAGCCGGUGCCGGCGCCUCAUUGUGGUUCUCUCGUAUGCAUACCUGGAGCAAGACUGGUGCAACAACAGUUUCAGGGAAGGGCUCUGGCGACUCUUGGAGCUGUCCCAAAGACCCAUCUUUAUUGCCUUUGAGAGCCAGUACCGGGAGAUAGAACAUCCGGCCAUUCACCUGCUGAAGCAACACAAGAACGCUGUGACCUUACUGCUCUGGCGGACUGGCUCAAUGACCCCCUCCUCGGAUUUCUGGAAGGAGCUGUGCCUGGCUCUGCCACGGAAGGUGUCCUACCAGAGGACCAUGGGGGACCCUCAGACCCAGCUCCAGGAGGACAAGGACCCCAUGCUGAUUCUGCACAGCAGCUACCUGGAGUACAAAGGAGACUCCCAUCUGGAGGGAGACCUGGGUGUCAGUGGGUCCGUUUUAAGGGGCCCUCCGCCCCCUCGAAUGAUGGGUCCUGAGGGGCCACCCGCACUAGCCGCUGGCAUCCUGGAAGAAGUGCAGCUGGAGGAGGGCCAGAAGAAUGAGAUUGACAUCUCUGACCUGGGAUCACGCAACUACGGCGCAAGGACAGACUUCUACUGCCUGGUGACAGAAGACGACCUCUGAGGGGGCGGGAUUGUCGCUCCCCCAGGACUGGC